UAAUUUCAUUGUACUUCUUCGCCUCUCUCCUUCUCAUAGCCUCAAUUUCUUUCACUCUUUUGAAAGGCAAGAAAAAACAUGUGGGCGUUCAUCCACCAUCCCCGAAAACACUACCAAUCAUCGGAAACUUGCAUCAACUUGGUUCCCUUCCUCAUCAAGCCAUGAGAGAGCUUGCCAAGAAAUAUGGCCCUGUGAUGCUGUUGAAACUAGGUCAAAUCCCUACUCUGGUCGUUUCAUCGUCGCAGAUGGCGGAAGAGGUUCUCAAGACUAAUGAUGUCGAUUGUUGCAGUAGGCCACCUUCUUAUGGUCCUAAAAUGUUGUCAUACAAUUUGUUGGACAUCACAUUUGUGCCUUACAAUGAUUAUUGGCGAGAGAUGAGGAAGUUGUGUGUUUUGGAGCUCUUCUCGGUGAAAAGAGUCGGCUCAUUCGCAUCCAUUAGAGAAUCCGAAGUCAAGAGUUUCAUCGAGGCUCUUUCUGCGAAUAAUUUGGAUCGUGAGAUGGAGAUGGGGGAGAAGGUAUUUUCAUUGCUUAACAAUAUCUUGUGUAAGGUUGCUUUUGGAAAGAGUUAUGAGGGGAAACAAUUUGACCAUAAGAAAUUUGAGUUGGCUAUACAUGAUGCUCUUGAAAUGUUGAGUUGUUUUUGGGCGACCGAUUAUUUUCCUACGUUUGGGUGGAUCAUUGACACUAUGACCGGGAAAUAUUCAAGGCUCAAGAAGUGGGCAUUGAAUUUCGAUGUUUUUCUAAAUAGGGUCAUUGAAGAACAUCUCAAUCCUGCUAGAAUCAAACCGGAUAAGGAGGAUAUCGUUGACAUAUUGCUUAGAUUACAUAAGGAUGACAAAACUUCAUUUGGUUUCUCCUUGGAUCAUGUUAAGGCUAUGCUUUUUGAUAUAUUUAUUGGCGGAAUAGACACCUCUUCCAUCUCAACCGUAUGGGCAAUGACAGAAUUAUCGAGGAAUCCAAGAGUGAUGCGUAAGGUUCGAUCUGAGAUCCGAGCUCUAGUGGGUAAAAAAGACAUGGUUAGACAUGAAGAUGUGGAUAAACUUAAAUAUUUAAAAAUGGUUGUGAAAGAAACUUUCAGGCUUCAUCCCCCGGCAACUUUACUAAUCCCUCGAGAAUGCAUGAAACAUUGCAAGAUAGGUGGCUACGAUGUGUACCCAAAAACAAUGAUAUUUGUUAAUGUUUGGGCUAUAGGUCGUGACCCCAAGAUUUGGGAUAGGCCAGAGGAGUACUAUCCUGAGAGGUUUGAGAAGAGCGAGGUUGAUUUUAAUGGGCGACACUUCGAGUUGAUCCCAUUUGGUAGUGGCAGAAGGAUUUGUCCUGGUAUGGCAAUGGGAAGCACCAAUGUUGAACUUGUUCUAGCAAACUUAUUGCAUUCUUUUGAUUGGGAGUUGCCUAAAGGAACGUCAAUUGAAGAUAUUAGCCUAGAAGAGGAAUUUGGUCUUACUACUCACAAGAAGUUGCCUCUUCGCCUUGUGCCCAUCAAACAUAAUCAGGAGUAAUUGCUAGUGAUUUUUCGGAUUUCUAGUAUAAUAAAUUGUUUGAGAACAUUGAUAAUUGAAUGUUAAAAUUGCAUACAAGUUAGUUUUUCAUGUAACUAGCUUUUCAAUGUUUUAUAUUGUAUUUUCUGAUAUUA